AAUCUCUGUUAGCUCCAUUAAUGGAUUUGACUUUCGAAACCUCGAAAACUGUUUCCUCACUACUAGUAUUAUUCAAUCUCUCUGGACGGUGUUCUCAAUCACCUGGAAUUUCGCUCUGUACCUUUCCUCCCAUUAUAAAGUCCCUUCUUUUUCUGUUGUCAUUUUCUAUUAGUAUAUCUUCAAUCACGGUUUUGAUUUUGUUUUGAUUCGCUUCUCUUUGCGUGUUCUUUAAAAAGCUCCCUCAAGUUCACGUCUUUAGCAUGAUUUUUUUCACCUUCUUGCGCCAGCUAGUUUAUUGGCAGAUUAUUUAAGUUUCUGGGUAUAACUGUUUGCUAUUCAAAUAUAAAGUUUCAACAUUACUAAGAUCAGUAUAUCAAGCAAAGCUUUUGGACUUCCUAUUGGGCUGUGGAAUGUCUGGUCUUAAGUUGGAAGUGGUUAUUUCCCGUGAUACUGAGGAAUUAGAAUCCAGCUCUCUGAAUGAAAAGACUAAUGGGAUACACAAGAUUCUGAAUGUUAUUGGUAAAGGAGACAGGUCGAUUGGCAAUUUUGCAUCAAAUGCAGAACGCAGAGGCUUAAGCGACAGCAGGUUAUUCAGAGGUAAUCAGGUAGUAUAUGGUGACAGUGUUGGUGCUCCUUUUGAUGCGGAUGAGAAACGCGAACAUGGAUCAGGAAGAAAAUAUGGACCUCUUUUAUCUGGAACAGCUUAUUGCAUUUCUUCCUGCAGCAUGAUUUUGUUGAAUAAAGUUGUUUUAUCAACCUAUAAUUUCAAUGCAGGAAUAUCACUUAUGUUAUACCAAAAUUUGAUAUGCUGUCUGGUUGUUGCUAUGUUGGGUUUUUGUGGAGCAGUUUCAUUGGAAAAGCUUAAUUGGAAACUCGUAAGGGUCUGGCUCCCUGUCAAUGCAAUCUUUGUUGGCAUGCUUGUUUCAGGCAUGUUUAGUUUGAAAUACAUAAAUAUUGCAAUGGUGACCAUUCUGAAGAAUGUGACAAAUAUUUUGACAGCAAUUGGGGAGUUAUAUAUUUUCCGGAAACAUCAGAAUCAGAAAUUAUGGGCUGCCAUGUUUUUGAUGAUAAUCUCUGCUAUUAGUGGUGGCAUAACAGAUCUCUCAUUUGAUUCAAUGGGUUAUGCAUGGCAAAUCAUGAAUUGCAUUCUAACAGCAAGUUACUCGCUCACUCUCAGGCGAGUAAUGGACAAAGCAAAACAGUCAACAAGAAGUGGAUCUCUUAAUGAAAUUUCAAUGGUGUUGCUAAAUAAUUUGUUAUCUCUACCUUUUGCUGUCUUCUUGAUACUUCUGUUCGGUGAAUGGGAGUACGUAAUUAAUGUAGAUGUGAUAAAAUUACCAAUGUUCUGGGUAGUUGCAACAGCAAGUGGAAUACUCGGACUUGCUAUUAGCUUCACCUCUAUGUGGUUUUUACGUCAAACUGGCCCAACAACUUACAGUCUGGUGGGUUCAUUGAACAAGAUUCCUAUCUCCAUUGCUGGUCUAGUAUUAUUCAAAGUUCCACUCAGUAUACCAAAUUUGUUCAGUAUACUGUUCGGUCUAUUUGCUGGAAUAUUCUUUGCCAGGGCCAAAAUGUCCUGAUAUCAGAAUCAAACUCUACAAAUAAGAUUCAUAAAAAGGAAAAUACUAAACCCAAAAGUGGUAAAAAUAGCUUCAACAUGCUCAUUUGUGAAAUUCAAUCCUCUUCCAUCUUCAGCCUACAAGAAGAAGCUUUGAAGGAAGGUGCAAAGGGUAUAUAUACUUUAUAAACAAAAAAAUUAUCAUUAAUUAUAGGGCAUUUUUAAGAUUUUUGAAGGGAUUUUGGGAACUAAUCUGUUCUCAAAUUAAUGUUGCUGUUUUGGAUCUGUAUUUGAAGAGUUGAUUGUUGUGUUUGAAAGGUUUGUAUGGGUUUUUAUUGUUUCAGGUGCAUAGGAUAAUAAAUAUUGUUUAAAUUCAUUACAUAGAAUAUAUACAUAUAUUUUUUCUGAAAAAGGUUUUGUUUGAGGAAAAGUAUGAUCAGAACAGUUCUGUCUUAAA